AUGAUUUGCUUUCACCAUGUUGCCCAAGGCCUUGCCAUGAUGGCCCCCUUCCUCCUCCUCCUACUGAGCAAUACGGUGUCAGCCCAAGUAUGCAACUCGGUCGCCGAUUGCCCCACAAACUGGGAUUGCACAAGGACUGGUCUUUUGCGCAAAAAGCGCUGCUUCCCUAUCAGCUGUGUCACUGGUGCUGCGAACGCUAUGAUAGAAAGUGGCUUGAAUGCUCAAGUCUAUCUUGACGAAAUCAAAACAACAACUGGAUUGACAAACCGAAACUUUCUGGCGCUUCGUGGUGGUGAUGAUGAUAGUGAUGCAAACAGUCUUCUUGCAGAAGCCUUUGCAACCCACCCGGUUCCGUAUUUGGAUGUAUUCAAGGCCAACUAUUCUGCUUGUGCCUCUCCAACUCCUCCUGAGCGACAGUACUCAGGAUUUAUCAAUAAUGGUGACGUUUGGCCUGGCCUGCAAUUGAGUGUUGCUGCCCUCUUGUCGUUUUUUGGAAAAGCUACUUUUUCGUCAGUUGAAAUCAAUGGUCGACAAGCUAAUGCCCAACUAGAUUUCAGCUGUUUCGGUGGUCUUGCUGGUCUGUUGGUUUUGGGAUCCAGGUCUGUUGGUUGCCAGAGAACGAAAGCUCUAGCGGUGCGACAAUUACAGAGAUUACUUUUGGACCUAGUCUUGGGGUUGCACUUGGAGGCUACUCUUCGUGCAUCGCGUCCACAGCUUUGA